GUUAGUGCGCGAGGUGUCCAAGAGGGGGGAACCAGAGGUCGCCGCUCCCAGCCUGUGCCGCCGCUCCCAGCCUGUGCCGCCGCUCCCAGCCUGUGCCGCCGCCCGCCAUGGCUCACAAACAAAUCUACUAUUCCGAUAAGUACUCCGACGAGCAGUACGAGUACCGACAUGUGAUGCUGCCACGAGAACUUUCAAAACAAGUGCCAAAAUCUCAUCUGAUGUCUGAAGAAGAGUGGAGACGACUUGGUGUUCAGCAGAGUCUUGGCUGGGUUCACUAUAUGAUCCAUGAGCCAGAACCACAUAUUCUGCUCUUCAGAAGACCUCUUCCAAAGGAUGAGCAGAAAUAAGCCACUGCCUCUUGAAUCUUCUGGAACUAUGUAUAUGAGUGUAUAUAUGUUGGUAGUAUUCAGUGAAUACUUUAAAUUUACAAAAACAUACAUCCAAACCUGUGCAUGAGCUGUAUUAUUCACAGCAACAAAGCUCAGUCAAAUGCAAUUCCAAGCAGGCUGCUAUGAUGUUCAAAGAGUGAUGACUAUCUUUUAAUGUGCCUCUCUGACUUGUGUUGAUGUUUGCAUUGCAUGUUCUGAUUAGCUUAUGGCUUGUUAAUGUUCUGUAACUUUUGCACUCAUGAUUCCUGCUGCAGUAUAGUAUGUUCAA